AGAAUACAAGGCAUUCGAAUCGGAUUUUUAUUUUAAACCGCAAUAAUUUAUUAGUUUUAGUUUUUAACUUUGGAUCUCAGCGAACACGAUGAAGUUUAUUGUGCUCGGUUCUUUGUGUUUUAUACUUAUACAAUGGAUUUCAGAGGCCCAAGCUAUUGGAAUAAGGUUUUCACACAAUGGCGUAGAAAUGGAAUACAAUCGUAGAAACCCCGGAGACCGAUCGGAGAGAGAGUAUGUAUGUGAGUGUAAAUGUUACAGCAAAGUUCUAAAAGACGGUUGGGAUUGCUGCGAUUGUCCGUGGACGGAGAGCGUGUGUUUCCCCGGCGACGUAAUGGUAACUGUAGAACCUGACAAUCAAAUCAAAAUGAGCGAAUUGAAGCCGAAAGAUCGAGUUUUGGCAGUGACAAAAGGUGGUAAGAAGGUGUAUUCUGAAGUCAGAACGUUUCUGAAAAGAUUACAAGAAGAUCUUGCUGUAUAUUUAGAUGUCAUUACUGUGGAUGGUCAGAUGAUUUCUCUAUCUGAAAGCCAUGUCAUUUUUUCAUCUUCGAUAUCCAAUUCAUCAUCGUUUACCUCCACGUUCGCAGGUAGAUUGAACAUUGGGGACUAUAUCUACACUACUGAUAACUGUCAUACCGACAUCUGUUCUACUCAGGUUAAACAUAUUCAAAGAACUGUCAGACAAGGUGCUUACGUUCCACUGACUGAAGAAGGUACUAUAGUAGUCAACAACAUAAUGGCAUCCUGCUAUAGCUCUGUAGAUCAUAACCUCGGUCACCUGGCCUUGACCCCAAUACGAUGGUAUCCAGGGUUACUAGGUAAUUACCAAGGUGAAGGUUACAGUCCGUUUGUUAAAGCCUUGAAGAUGAUUGGACAUUUGAUUCUACCGGAAGUGAUGCAAUACGACAUGACAUUGAACCAUGUUACAUCUUUUGAUAAAUCUGAAUUUUAGCUCAUUGUAUUAUCUGAAAUAAAUACUUCUAUCUUAAAUCUU